UCGAUGGGAGAGUGCUCGGGGAUCGAUCGCUGCCUGCUGAUCCGGUGGGUACUGUAGACAUACCCUUGGAGGCGGAAAUGGAGCUGAAGCGCUUGGAGCUGGAAAAGGCUAAGCUGGAUCAACCAGGUGGGCUUAACGGUCCUCCUCCAGGUACCACUCCUCAUUCCAAGAAAUUUCCCACAUACAAGGUAGGAGAUGAUACAGAGGCCUUAGAAAAUUCUGAAAGGGCCUGCCUUGGGUACAACAUCCCUACAGACCAGUAUAUGGUGAAACUGAGACCGCAACUCACUGGACCCUUAGCAGAGGUGGCAGCUGAAAUGCCUAAAGAACACAUGAACAAGUACAAAGUUUAUAAACACAAGGCCAAAAUUAGGAUGAGGCUAAGAACCGAGUAUGCCCAUUGCCGGUUCAGAGCCCUAAGGUGGAAACCAGACAUCGCAUUUUCACAACAUGCCUACCACAUUGUAAACCAUUGGGAGGCCUGGAUAUCAGAAGCAAAUGUUAAGUCUCUGGAAGAUCUGUCUCUCCUAAUACAAAUGGAGCAGUUCUUAGAGGGUGUUCCUGAGGAAAUAAAAAGAUACAUCCUAGAUAGGAAGCCCAAAACUGUAAUCGAGGCAGGGGAGAUGGGAGCCAAAUGGGUGGAGGAGAAGAAAAAAGCUAGUAGUAGUUGGUGCGAAUACCAGAAGGGGCAACUCGAGCAGACACCACACCAUCGGGGUCAGCCCAAGGCCCCACCUCACAAGGAGGAGCCCUCCACACAGCCAGGGAGACCCCAGAUGCCCUCUCAUCCCACCACCCUGCUCUCCAACCACCCACCUCACCCCACCCCACACUCAGCUGGGCGAUGCUUCAAAUAUAAUGAGCUGGGGCAUGUGAAGACCAAUUGCCCCAAGAGCACCAGCCAACUGCAACUCAUCACCCCAGGGUCCCACCAAGAGCCUUCAGGCCCAGAUGCCUCGCAAAUACCCCCAGAGCAAAGGGAAACUGUGAGUGUGGGUGGGAGGAAGAUUACUGCGCGGAAGGACACUGGAGUGCAGGUGUCAGCUAUCCAUCAAUCCCUGAUGGACUCCAAAUUCAUCAAGCCAGAGGCCCAAGAGAUGGUGCAACCCUUUAAGGCCAACUCUUUUAACUUGCCUACAGCCAAGUUGCCUGUCCAGGACAAGGGCUGGUCAGGAAUGAGGACUUUUUCAAUCUUAGAUGAUUAUCCCAUUCCCAUGCCGCUGUGGGAAAACUUGGCCAAGAGGGAGGGAAUGGUCACCCGCAGCCAGGCUAAACAGGCCUCCACACCUAACUCCAUUCCUGAGCUUCCUACAGGGACCCAGCCAGAGGUGGUGAAACCAGACCCCAGACCAGAGUCUAUGACAGUGGUUGCAGAUCCAGUUUCUGGGACCCAGCCAGAACCAGCCCAAGGAUCAGAACUGGUAGAGCAGUCAGCACCAGAGCCCGUGUUUGCAACCCCAUCAGAGUUAGGGGAGCCAGAACCAAAGGGCGCCACAGAGCCUGCACCUGCAGCAGCAGCUAAACUGGAACAAGAAGGUCAACUGGAGCCCAGUGCACCAGUGGACAGCGGUUUACAGUCAACGGAGACACACACACCCCAGCCCCCACCCUCUGCAUCGCUUCCAGGGGGUCCAAGCCCAAAUCCACAACCCCAACAAGAACUGAUGUCUCCAGCAUCAAGGGAGCAGUUCCAGGCAGAACAGGAAACGGAUGACUGCCUUAAGGGAGAUUGGACGGUGGCACGGAGUGGCAGACCCACUGCCUCUCAGCUCUUCCAAUAGGUCCAGAUUUGUUGUAGAAGGAGGACUCAUACAAGAAAUCAAGGUUCUCCAGUUUACAGCCCAGGAG